UUAAAUGUGGAUUCAUAAAUCCACCAGUGAUGGAUAAGUUGAGUUUUUAUUUGCUGAAAGCGGGUUCAUCAAUGUUCAAUAAUCAACUGUAAUAACAUGCAAUUAUUCCCAAUUUCGCAUUUCGUUACGACAUAGCUAGCUUUUUCUCCUACCUUCAAUUCCAAUUCAUCUAUUCACAGCAGCAAUUCCAAUUCCGAUUCCCAAUUCAGUAACGAAAUUAGAUCUAGGGUUUUCUUGAUCUAUUUUUCUCCCCUCGCAUUCCACAGAUCUCGAAGAAGAUGCACGCGCACUCGUCGAUUCGGGAUCGCACGCACGAAUUCCAUACCAUCGCCGAGAGGUUGAAGAAAUCUUCUUCCUCAAACGGACCCACAACCACUUCCUCUUCAUCUGCUGCUUCUUCUUCUUCCAGAUCGGAUGAACAGCGAUCCGCAAUCGCAAUUCAGUCCGAGUUCAAUCGAAGGGCUUCCAAGAUUGGCUAUGGGAUCCACCAAACCUCUCAGAAGCUCGCCAAGCUCGCCAAGUUGGCGAAGAGGACUUCGGUUUUUGAUGACCCUACAAUGGAAAUCCAAGAGCUUACGAGUGUAAUCAAGCAAGACAUUACUGCGUUGAACUCUGCAGUUGUGGAUCUUCAGUUGCUAUGCAACUCGAGGAAUGAGAGCGGGAACGUUUCUGCCGACACUACCAGCCAUUCAACUACAGUUGUAGAUGACCUCAAGACCCGUUUGAUGAGCACCACCAAGGAGUUCAAAGAAGUUCUCACCAUGAGAACCGAGAACUUGAAAGUACAUGAGAAUAGGAGACAAUUGUUUUCGGCCUCUGGUUCUAAGGAUGCUGCUAAUCCUUUUGUCCGUCAACGGCCAUUAGCUACAAGGACGGCUGCUAGUGCUUCUAAUGCCCCCGCACCUCCAUGGGCUAGUGGGUCUUCAUCUUCAUCUGAGUUGUUUCCUAAGAAGCAGGCAGAUGGGGAGAGUCAGCCAUUGCUACAGCAACAGCAACAACAACAGCAGCAGAUGGUUCCAUUGCAAGACAGUUACAUGCAAAGCAGAGCUGAAGCUCUUCAUAAUGUUGAAUCCACCAUUCAUGAACUCAGCAAUAUCUUUAAUCAAUUAGCAACUCUCGUUUCCCAACAAGGAGAGCUUGCUAUCAGAAUUGAUGAGAACAUGGACGAUACAUUGGCAAACGUAGAAGGUGCACAAGGGGCUCUGUUGAAGUAUCUGAACAGCAUAUCUUCUAAUAGGUGGCUGAUGAUCAAGAUUUUCUUUGUAUUAAUAUUUUUCCUCAUGGUUUUCUUAUUUUUUGUGGCAUAGUCAUUCCAAUGACACAGAAAUGAAAACAAGGACACAAGUGACGGCCUUAUUACUGGUGAUGAGCCUUUUGUAUCCCAUUAAUAUUUCUUUCUUUGAAUAUAUAUAUUCGUUCCUAAAGAGUUUAGCUCCCAACAAGUUUGUCAAAUCUUGUAUUUAUUGUCAUAUUUUGGGAAGGUUAAGAACUAUUGGGCAUUGCAUGUUAUCCAUUUAUUAUAAUAUCGUUGUGAUUUGUGAUGAUUAUUACGCAGUGGAGGCUUCUGUAAAGGUUAUCUUCUAAUUCAAAAUGUAUUAGAUUAAUAUCAUUAAUUGAUCCCUGGUAACUGAGAUUACAGCUUCCGAAUA